UGCCUCAUCUUCCACGGAAACCAUGGCGAUGGCUGCCUCUCCCUCAUCCCAGUCGUCCUCAUCAUCGGCCAACAGCAGCGCCCGGGAGCACCUCCUGGCGGUGCGUCGACGUACCCCUCACACCCGGCCGUACACGAUCGGUCCAGAUAACCUCCACAGCAUGUCAGUGCAGGGCACAGCCGGGGAAGUCGGUGCCUCUGUGCCCUCCUCUCCCACUAUGUCGUCAGGGAGCCAAUCAGAAACAGUGGGUGUUGGGCUCCAGCGGGCCAACAGCGACACAGACCUGGUGACAUCAGACAGCCGCUCAUCACUUACGGUGUCUACGUACCAGCUGACUCUAGGCCAAAGCCACCUGGUAAUCUCCUGGGACAUCAAGGAGGAAGUGGAUGCCACCGACUGGAUCGGCUUGUACCACAUCGAUGAGACGCGUGUGGCCAACGUGUGGGACUCCAAGAAUCGUGGAGUGAAUGGCAGCCAGAGAGGACAGAUCGUGUGGAGACUGGAGCCGGAACCCUACUUAAUGGAGCCGGAGACUAAGAUCUGCUUUAAAUACUAUCACGGUGUGAGUGGAGCAUUAAGAGCAACUACACCUUGUAUCACCAUCAAGAACCCUGGAGUACCGGUGGGCAGUGAAGGCCAAGUUGAGGACCAAUCAGGCACUGAGAACUGUCGUAAACUAGUCAGCUUCACCCUAUCCGGCAUACGGGCAGUGGGCAUGAAGAAGGGCAUGUUCUUCAACCCCGACCCCUACUUGAAAAUGUCAAUACAGCCCGGGAAGAGGAGUGGCCUCCCAAAAUUCACCCACCACGGCCAGGAGAGACGCUCCUCCAUCAUAGCCAACACAACCAACCCUGUGUGGCACGGGGAGAAAUACACCUUUGUGGCUCUGAUGACUGAUGUGUUGGAGAUCGAGGUGAAGGAUAAGUUUGCCAAGAGCCGACCGAUCAUCAAGCGGUUUCUGGGUCAGCUGAUCAUCCCUGUACAGAGGCUUCUGGAGGGGCCGACCACUGAUGAUCAGCCAGUCAGCUAUAGCCUGUGUCGUCGUCUCCCUACGGAUCAUGUGAGCGGGCAGCUUUCGUUCAGGGUGGUUGUGACCUCCACUGGACAUGAAGAAGCCUCCCCAGAGGCUGUGGGAGUCCACUUAGAUGCAGUGAACGGUGAUCCUGGAAGUCCCUCAGACGACGAAGACCUCCCUCACCAAUCCUCCUCUUCACGCGUCACAUACAGACCUUCUCCCACAGGCCCUGAUGAAGGCUCCAGAUUAGUCAAUGGCGCUUGUUACUAUGGCGAUGACAGUAUUUGGGGGCAGAAUGGACAGGAAGAUCUGCUUGCUGUGGGUCUGGGCUGUCACACUCACCGGCAGGUGUCGCUCAACGACUACCUGGACACCAUCGAGGCACCGAGAAGCCCCGGGAACCGACCUUUCGUAGGGCCCUCGCCGAAACUCCGCUCCAGCUUUCCAACAGACACGCGGCUAAAUGCCAUGCUGCACAUAGACUCGGAUGAGGAUGAGGAGACGGCGGGGCAGCAAAGGGAGCAAUCCCAGGAGAUGAGGACACAGCAAAGCACAGACUUAGCCUUAUCGAGGAGAUGGGCUGAGUCUCAACAGGGGAACGAGGGUUCAAAAGGAGAGCCAGAGGGGCAGACCGGAGCUGCAACUGGGCCUGGAGCUGGGGCCACAACAGACGCAGGUUCCUCUGCCAGAGCUCAGCCUGGAACUGAACCUGAAGGGGCCGAACCUGUAGCUGAAGCUGCCAAAGCACAGGCCGAGACUGCAGCUGGGACCAGAAAGGUUGCUGGAGCAUUAGCAGAGGCUGCACAUGUCAUUGGAGAAAUGUUGACAGCUCUCAGCUCAUCUCAGGCAUCUGGGAAUGAUGUACAAGCAGUAGCUGGGCCGGGGGAGUCUGUGGGGGAAUGUACCUGUCAGGAGCAGAGCAGCAGAACAGGGGCCAACCAGGAGGUAUCCUGCAAUCCCUCACUUGGUCCACUUUCACCCAUUCAGGAGGUGGAGACAAGAAAAGAAAUGGCUCCGAAGGCCGAAGAAGAAGGGGAGUCAUCAAGCAUUGAGGCAAAUGGGCCAGUAGCAGCAGCAGCUCCUGUAUGCAGCAUCAUAGAUAACCAAGGAGGAGGGAUUUCUGAAGUUGGAGCGAGAGCCAGCGGUCGGGAGGAGCAUGAGGUGUGGAGGAGGAGACAGUCCAUGCAGGCCUCCGGAGGCAUAGCCCAGAACCAGGAGGUGUGUGGGGCCAGAGGCAGUAUGAACGGGACAGUAGGGGUGGACAGAGAGACAGACUGGGAGGCUCGUAUUGACAGCCAUGGUAGAAUCUUUUACGUGGACCAUGUCAACAGAACCACAACUUGGCAGCGUCCCACCGCUCCCCCCGCCCCGCAGGCCCUCCAGAGGUCCAACUCCAUACAGCAGAUGGAGCAGCUGAACCGCAGGUAUCAGAGUAUACGUAGGACAAUAACCAAUGAAAGUAGACCAGAGGAGCAGCCAGCCAAUGAGCUGCUGGCUGAUGAGACUGACAUGCAACCUUCCAUACCAGAACUGCGCAGGGACAACAGUGUGGCUCAGUCCAGUCCCAGGUCUCGCCUCACUCUGCUGCUUCAGUCCUCCAGCGCGAAGUUCCUCACCAGCCCCGACUUCUUCACUGUGCUGCAUUCCAACCCUAGUGCCUACCGUAUGUUCACCACCAACACGUGUCUGAAGCAUAUGAUCAGUAAGGUUCGUCGGGAUGCUCACCACUUUGAGCGCUACCAGCACAACAGGGACCUGGUGGCCUUCCUCAACAUGUUCGCCAACAAACAGCUGGAGCUGCCGAGAGGCUGGGAGAUGAAGCACGACCACACUGGCAAGUCUUUCUUUGUGGACCAUAACUGCCGUGCCACCACCUUCAUUGACCCCCGGCUUCCUCUCCAGAGCACUCGGCCCCCAAGCCUCCUAGCCCACCGCCAACACCUGACUCGCCAACGCAGCCACAGUGCUGGGGAGGUCAGCCCACGGCGACUGGCUGGUGAAGACCCCCGUCACGCUGGCCCACCCGUCCUGCCCCGGCCUUCCAGCACCUUCACCUCUGCCAACAGGGGCCAGUGCCAAGACGUUGUGCCAGUGGCUUACAAUGAGAAGAUUGUUUCGUUUCUUCGACAAGCAAACAUCUUUGAGAUUUUGCAGGAAAGACAGCCUGACUUCAACCGGAACCAUUCACUCAGGGAGAAGGUGCAACUCAUACGCACAGAUGGAGGGUCAGGAUUGGCCAGGCUGUCAGGUGAUGCUGAUCUUGUCAUGCUACUAAGUCUGUUUGAAGAUGAAGUAAUGUCCUACGUGCCUCCUCAUGCCUUACUUCACCCAAGCUACUGCCAGUCAGCUCGGGGAUCCCCCGUCUCCUCUCCACAGAACUCGCCUGGUACCCAGAGGGCUAACGCCAGAGCCCCAGCACCUAAUAAGAGAGACUUUGAGGCCAAACUGCGCAACUUCUAUAGGAAACUGGAAACUAAAGGCUACGGCCAAGGACCAGGGAAGCUAAAGUUGAUCAUCCGUCGUGACCAUCUGCUGGAAGAUGCCUUCAACCAGAUCAUGUGCUAUUCCCGUAAAGACCUGCAGCGCAGCAAGCUCUAUGUCAGCUUUGUCGGGGAGGAGGGGUUGGACUACAGCGGGCCUUCCAGGGAGUUCUUCUUCUUGGUUUCCAGGGAACUGUUCAACCCUUAUUAUGGUCUGUUUGAAUACUCUGCAAACGAUACUUACACCGUCCAGAUCAGCCCAAUGUCCGCUUUUGUAGACAAUCACCAUGAAUGGUUCCGGUUCAGUGGUCGUAUUCUGGGUUUGGCUCUGAUCCACCAAUACCUGCUAGAUGCCUUCUUCACCAGACCCUUCUAUAAAGGCUUACUGCGCAUUCCAUGUGACCUGAGUGACCUAGAGUACCUGGAUGAGGAGUUUCACCAGUCCCUUCAGUGGAUGAAGGACAACGACAUAGAAGACAUGCUGGACCUUACCUUCACUGUCAAUGAAGAAGUCUUCGGGCAGAUAACAGAAAGGGAACUGAAGCCUGGCGGAGCCAACAUCCCAGUAUGUGAGAAGAACAAAAAAGAAUACAUUGAGCGUAUGGUGAAGUGGAGGAUAGAGAGAGGAGUGGUGCAGCAGACUGACAGCCUGGUCAGAGGUUUCUACGAGGUGGUGGAUGCCAGGCUAGUAUCAGUGUUUGAUGCAAGGGAACUGGAGCUGGUGAUCGCCGGCACAGCUGAAAUUGACUUAUCAGAUUGGAGGAACAACACAGAAUACAGAGGAGGUUACCAUGACAACCAUAUUGUGAUCCGGUGGUUCUGGGCAGCAGUGGAGAGGUUCAACAAUGAACAAAGACUACGGCUUCUGCAGUUUGUGACCGGGACAUCCAGUAUUCCUUAUGAGGGCUUUGCUUCUCUGCGAGGCAGCAAUGGACCUCGCAGAUUUUGUGUGGAGAAGUGGGGGAAGGUCACAGCACUGCCUAGAGCCCAUACCUGUUUUAAUCGGCUGGACCUGCCACCAUACCCUUCCUUUUCAAUGCUGUAUGAGAAGAUGCUGACGGCUGUGGAAGAGACCAGCACCUUUGGGCUGGAAUGAUUCUUGUACCCAAAUUUCAGCUUACCUCAAUGACUAAAAGAGAGGUAGCCAUGAAAAAAGCUGGAUUUUAAGUCCAAUUUCUUGGUUGUGCUUAACUUAUAAUGGGCUAUCAUUUAUAACAGAGGCUGAUAAGACCUUCAAUGCUGACCUUUUUGUACAUGGGACAUUUGGUAAACCCUUGUUUUUGUUGCACCUGCACACAUUCUCACCUACUUAGUAACACACCCUUUCACCUCUGUGAUGUGAUGAAUGAAGACCCACACUGCCUUUGGACCAGAAUCAUGACUGUUGGGAUUUGACCAAUCGGAGAACAGGAUUUUUUUUUACUUUUCUCUUUGAUAAUAGGAGUUAAAGUUUAAAAUGUACACAUCAAAGAAGAAGCAACCACUGCCUUUACUACAAAAGCUCAGUGGACUCAGCCUCUUUUAAUCUAGUGUGGUUUGACCUCAAAUAUAUACGGUCUGUCCAGAAUUGUGUUUCUUGCGGAACAGUGUCUCUUUUUGAGCUGUAGUACUAACCACUAAUGCAAUUUAUUCUCGAAGCCAUUCAAGGACUGCCUGAUAUAACAUUUGGUAAGGUUUUUGGAAUUGUCCCCAUAACUUCUACAGCAGAUGUUGGUCUCCAGACAAAAGCUAUGAUAUUUUACAAUAUUUUCAUCUUCAAGAAUAACUGAUUUUCUAAUGAUGUUGCAGUUACAUCUUGUGAUUUGAAUGUAACCAAUUUUAUGAUGCAGAUUGUGUGAGAAGUGAUUUUGUACCCGAUUUGGAUCAACUGGCAAAAAAAGAUUUGGCCCAACUUAAUAAUAUUGAGUUAUUGUUUUGAUAGUAGAAAGUAACACUCACUUUUGGAUCGUAUCAAUUCAAAGUUUGUUAAAAAUAGUCUAAACUCAAGAGGUGUAGAUUGCCUAACAUCCAAAUAGGCUAUGUAAUUUAAAAUGUCCAGUGGUAGAUCUAGAAAAUUAGGGUGGUUCAAAAAAUCUAGCUCGGUGGCAGUGGUCUUGAUCAGGGAUGGAAAGAAUUAAAAGCACACAAGCUCUAGGUGGUGGGGCAUCAGCACGCAACAAAACACUUAUACAAAUACAAUGUGUCGAUAUGUUGAUUUCGUUUUACCCUUUUAAAAAUAUUUAUCAUUAUUGUUUAUUCUUUUGAAAAGUGUCAUUAAAUCAAAAUGAUUGAAGAGGAAUCUGACAUUUCAUAUUCCAGCCAGUUAAUGCUACCUAAUUUGACAGUAAUUCUACCUUUAUCGCUGCUGUGCUCUAUUUCAGUUGAAUCCCAGUUUACACAGUUGUUACAUGCAUGACAAAGAAGUAUAUUAACAUAAAUGUAUAUUGGAUUACAAUUAGCGAUUUGUGUAUAUGUAAAACACACACACAAUGCAGUAAAGGGCGGCUAAUUUUAGUCUUAACUACUUUAUGUACUGCAUAGGUAAUUAGAGUUGGUAUUAAUCGACUCCAGUCCCCUAGCAACCCUUCUUAAUAGGAUUAACGGUUACAGAUAUUGGAUGGAUAUUUUGGUAUACUUUGUAAAUAUUCAAUUGAACUAGUAACUUUUUUACUCCACAUGCCGUGGAGUAAAAAAGUACAAGUAACAAGUAUAAAGUAGCAAAAAAUUAAAAUACUCAAGUACAACGAUAAAUACCUACAAUUGUACAAUAGUUAUUGAGAUAGUUCAGACUGAACCAACGUGGUUAACAUUGCCCUCCGUUCAUCCUUGUCACUAGCAUGGCUCAAAUGAAGGGAUGAAUGUAUCAGCUCAGUUGUAGCAAGCAUGCAAUGUAACAUUUUAGCUAACGUAAGAAUAAUGGACUGGCUCUGAUUAUUGGCCAUUAUCAGUUCUGGAUUGUCUCUGUAUUUCUUACCUAGUGCAGGCAGUUUGGACGAAUCAGUAACAUAGGAGUGAGAGAAAAUUAUUUUAGAAUUAUGGACAAUCCCCAUUGCCCGACUACAGCUGCUGGUGUGAAAAACACAAUAAGUUAAUUAGAUUUCAAGAUAAAGAUUCAAGGUUUUAUUUUAAGUUAAUUUAUUAUAUAUUUCACAGAUAUGAAAACUGAUUAGUCAAGGACCUACUAUUUUUCUUGUUUACACUAAACCCGAUUACAAAAUAUAAUUAUUUCCAGUUUAAGUUUCGUGGGAACGUGGAUAAAUGUUCAUGUGCAAAUUCAGUUUAAUUUAAAUUGGGAUAAAAUAAUAAAAAUAUAUUAUUUCCAUAACUAAAUGCACUGCCCUUUGUCAGUCUCAUCAGAAUGUACCAGCGUUUUGAGCCUUAACCGACUGCCUCACAUCUGACCCUAAUCCAAACAAACAACCACUCUCUGUAUUGUCCACCUCACACUUUUGAAUAUGAAUGUUUGUCAGCAUUGCUCCUAAAAUAAAAUUCUAUCACCUUU